GGUCUAACAUAUGUAUGGCAGCUUGUGCCUCGAUCGCUAGCGGUGCAAUCCAUAUGAUAGAAUAAUCUUCAGGUCGUAGUUCAGCCAUUUACGCCGAUAAUCAUAAGGUAUUCGAAUCAAGGGACUCGAGUAGGUACGUAAAGUUAUGUUGUAAGGCUGAGUUCAAGGGAAUAUACCUACCUAUAUAGGUAUAUUACAUGCCUUGCUAGGUACCUGCAUACCUUUCAGCCGAAUCUGCCUCGCCUUCGUCAAAGUGUGCCUUACUGUCUGCCCCGAAGCCCCAUGACCAAUAAAAUGGGGGUUUGAAACCCAAUUGCUAUUAUCAGACUGCCCAACAUUACUCCUCCUUCACUUGUUACGAAGCCUUGACAAAACACAUCAUACCCCGAUUCAUGUUGCGAAUAUUCACCCAUGACUAUCAAAGAUCGUGACCUAUCCAUUUUAAUAUUGAAGCCAAAUGGAGCGUCCGAACAAGAGGUUCAAAACAAAUGAUUACUAUGAGCAGGGCGAAGAAUAUGCAGGCUCUGCCCCUCCCGAACAUAGCGAAAACUCGCACAAUGGAGAUCAAGGCUACGCUCAACAUUCCGGAGAAGGCAUACAGAAUGUGCAUGGGAGAUUCCACAAUGGGCGGGACUUCAAUAUGCCGCAUUUUCAUAAUAGCAAUGUCUUCAUCAACCCGUCCUUCUCCCCGCAGACCCUGACCACCUCUGGUACGAUAUUUAGUGAGGAAGAACAUCGACGCAAUUUGCUCGAGUCUCUCAAAUUCACUCAAAUUGAUACCCGCCGAAUGACUAUUAAGAGAGCGCAUGGGAAAACUUGCAAGUGGUUCCUGAAAACUACGCAAUACGUCGAUUGGCUUAAUGUCAAUAAGUUUGACGACCAUGGUGGUCUCCUAUGGGUUAAGGGUAAGCCCGGCGCAGGAAAGUCAACUUUGAUGAAAUCCACGUUCUCUCAUAUCUAUCGGACGUUGAGAAAACAAGGGAAUAUCGUCCUCUCCUUCUUUUUCAAUGCGAGAGGAGAAGAAUUGGAGAAAUCUACAAUUGGCCUCUACCGAUCGCUUCUAUCACAGCUCCUCGAAGAACAGCCCGAUCUCCGACAAGUACUAGAUUCAACCAGCCCCGGACACAAAUGGAACAUCGAAUCGUUGACAUCUCUUUUGGAAGGGGCAAUAUGUUCGAUGAAGACAUCUUCGAUCAUCUGCUUUAUUGACGCAUUAGAUGAAUGCGAGGAACAACAAAUUCGAAGCAUGAUAUCAUUUCUAUCUGCUCUCAAUGAACAGGCCGCCCCAACCGGAACCAAAUUACGUGUAUGCCUUGCGAGCAGGCAUUAUCCGCACAUCACGGUCAAAAAGGGGCUCAACCUAGUGAUUGAAGGGAGGGAAGAACAUCAACAAGAUAUAACAAGCUAUUUGGAUGAUAAAUUGAAUAUCGGGCAUAGCAACCACGCAGAGGAGAUCCGUUCCAAGCUACAGAACAAGGCAUCUGGUGUUUUCAUGUGGGUGGUUCUAGUAGUAGAUAUCUUAAACAAGGAAUACGAUCGCGGACGCAAACACAGUCUUCAUAAGAGACUAAAAGAUAUUCCCGGUGAUCUUCACAAUUUGAUUCACAACAUAUUGACCCGCGACCACGAUAAUACGGAAGGGCUCCUGCUCUGCAUCCAGUGGGUGCUUUUCGCAAGGCGCCCUCUGACUCCAAAGGAACUCUACUUUGCCAUUAUGUCUGGAGUGGAACCGGAUUCCUUAUUCGCCUGCGAUUCAGAACACGAUCUCUCAACCGACGACAUCCGGAGAUACAUCAUUGACAACUCGAAAGGACUCGCGGAAUCGACAAAAAAUAAGAAACCCACCAUUCAGUUUAUCCAUGAGUCAGUUCGGGAUUUCCUCCUCAAGGAAAAUGGGCUUCAGAAAAUAUGGCCAGGACUUGGGUCUAACCUUGAAGGAAAAAGCCAUGAUAAGCUUAGACAAUGUUGUGGCGCAUACAUGGGCAACAAGAUCGUAAAGAAUUUUGACCUCCCUAGUCCGCUUCCAAAAGCAUCGGACCCAGAGACCGCGCGAAUCCGCCAGGAAAUAGUCAACAAGCUUCCAUUCCUUGAAUACGCCAACCGGAAUAUCUUAUAUCAUGCUGACAAAGCUGAAUCCAGCGGAGUCAACCAGAAAGGAUUUCUAGAAGUAUUCGUCACACCUUCGUCUUGCUUCUCAUUAGACAAUUGGAAAAUAUACAAUAAUUUAUUCGCGAUGAGCCAAAUACGGCGAUACACUGAGACAGAAAGUCUCUUAUACAUACUAGCAGGGAACAACUUGCCGGAUCUCAUCCGAAUUCCCGAUGUCCAUCAAUCAUGUUUUGCUGUGGAAAAAGCACGCUACGGCACGCCAAUAUUCUCUGCACUUACCACCAAGAGUAACGAAGCUCUCCAGGCGUUACUACAGAUGGAGGUGCAGAUAUUGCCACCAGAAUUCAACCUUCACCAACUAUGUGGCGACCUUAUCAACACCAGACAAGAAAGGAACGCCUUGAAGCGAAGCUUCUUCUUCACUAGAAACGUCCUUUUCCAUCUGAUAGAAGCUAAAGAAUCAGAAAUCCUAGAUGUCUUCCUUAUUAUCGAAAAGAUAAAUCUCAAUAAAAAGACAAUGGAUAAGUCCAGCACUGGAAUAUCAAAAAUCACACCUCUCGAAUUGGCGAUAGAUGGGAAGAACAUAUCUGGCAUCCAAACUUUAUUCAAUCAUGGCGCCAACCCUAACUUUAAGAGUAAUCAUGAGCACCCUAUUCAACGCGCAGUUCAUCGGGGAGAUGAAGUCAUUGUUCAGAUUCUAAUAAAAAAUGGCGCCGACGUCAAUCCACGUCCCCCCGAGUUCGCGCUAUCGCAUUACUGGACCUGGACCCCACUAUCUUUGGCAUCAUCCUACGGUCAUAAAAAGAUUUGUUCACUGUUACUUGAUGCGGGCGCUGAAAUCGAGUACACACUUGAUGAUGAUGAUCGACUUGUAUAUUAUGAUAACGCUUUAACUCAGGCACUAGACGAGGGAUAUGCGACAAUUGCUUGCAUGUUCCUUGAUAGGGGUGGUCGGAUCGAGUAUAUCAAUACACGGCUUUCAAUUGCAGUGAAUCGGAAAUAUUGGGGUGUAGUGGAAUUGUUACUCGAUAGAGGUGACGGCAUCGAUUUCGAUACAACCGACUUAGAAUCUCUACCUCAACGUGCAUUCGAACUUGGAAAUGUGGCUGUUCUCCGACAGAUCCUUAAGCGCCACCGCGGCAUCAUCCAUGAUUGGGAAUAUAGCAAAUUAAAGUGGUCGAAGGCAGCAAAGGAUGAGCAAGAAGCUAUUGUUCAGCUAUUCCUUGACUACGGCGUUAAUGUUGCACCCACGAUCAAACAAUAGCUUCUCUACUACAGAGUGCAGUGGAGCUUGGGUGCGAAGCUAUUGUGCAGGUCUUGCUUGAUCGCGGCGCUAACAUUGAAAACGUUGAUCAAGCAGAAAUGACCCCAGGGCAUACGGCAAUACUUUGUGGCCACGAAGCUGUUGUCAAAGUGCUACUCAGUAGAGGCGCCAAUGUCGAGGGCCACUCUAUCGACGCGAGACCGUUACAUGCAGCAGCAUCUGGGGGACGCGAGGGGGUUGUCCGCUUACUGGUCGAGCACGGUGCUGAAGUCAAUGCUCGACGUGCUUAUAACGACUGGACGCCUUUGAUGGGAGCAGCACCAGAGGGCUUUGGGGGCGUAGUGAGCUUUUUACUACCUAGAUUCAGGUGCUGAUGUCAUGGCUCGAGACUGGAAGAAUCAGGGUUUGUUAUCAAUAGCAUCAAGUGAGGUUAUUCAGCUAUUACGAAACCGUGGUGCUACAGACUAGAAAGUUAACUCCGUCUAGAAUAUAAGUUAUCUUCAGCCGUCUUUAUUCGCAAUACAUAAAAUAGCAC